AUGGAUUUCCAUUAUGACAUUGAUUUUAUUUUUCCAAAUGAUGAGCCUCCGUUUGACUCAUCUUCUGAUGAUGAUGAGAUGGAACUUACUCUAGCUAUUGCCAUAGAAGAAUUAAAGAAUGAAGGAGCAUCAACAUCAUGUCGUCGUUCGGUUCAACCUCGCAGGAGGUUUCGAAUGAGUCGUUCUCUUUUUCUACGUAUCCAUUCAAGAGUUGAAGCUACUGAACCAUACUUUGUUCAAAAAAGAAAUGCGGCUAACACACUUGGGUUGUCUUCCCUUCAAAAGAUGAUUGCUGCAAUCAGAAUGAUUGCUGCAAUCAGAAUGAUUGCUGCAAUCAGAAUGCUUGCUUAUGGAGUGUCGGCUGAUUUCAUGGAUGAAUACAGAAGGAUUGGAAAAACCACUGCAACAAAAAGCUUAAAAAAAUUUGUUAAAGCGGUAGUUUCAAUCUUUUCUGAAGAGUACUUGAGGUCACCAAACAACAAUGACAUUGCAAGGUUGUUAGCGGUUGGCCAACAUCGUGGAUUUCCAGGAAUGCUAGGGAGCAUCGACUGCAUGCAUUGGAAAUGGAAGAAUUGUCCAAGUAAGUGGAAAGGUCAAUAUAUUGGUCAUACACGUGAUUCAAUGAUAAUUUUGGAAAUCGUGGCGUCGUAUGACCUUUGGAUAUGGCAUGCAUUUUUUGGGUUACCGGGGUCUCACAAUGACAUCAAUGUCCUAGAGCGGUCUUCUGUAUUUUCUGAGCUUGCUGAAGGGCAUGCUCCUCCGGUUAAUUACUCGAUAAAUGGUUAUAACAAUUCAAUGGGGUACUCUCUUGUAGAUGGUAUAUGUCCAUCAUGGGCAACAUUUGUCAAAACAGUUCCAGCACCACAAGACCGUAAAAGACAACAUUUUGCUUCCGCACAAGAGGUGGUCAGGAAGGAUGUCGAACGUGCAUUUGGAGUACUUCAAGCGCGAUUUGCAAUUGUGCGUGGGCCUGCACGUUUUUUCCACCUUGAAACGCUUAAGGACAUUAUGAUGGCAUGUAUAAUAUUGCAUAAUAUGAUCGUUGAAGAUGAGCGACAUACUUACCUUGGAGCAAAUGACUUUAAUUAUGAUCAAAUCAACGAUAAUGGACCCGAAUUGGUGUCACAUAAUCCCACUUGUAACCUUAUGCAGUUCAUUGAAUGUCAUAAUUCCAUUAGAGAUAGAGGAAUUCAUUCUCAACUUCAAGCAGAUCUCGUGGAGCAUCUAUGGCAACUGCAAGGCCAGUCGUAG